AAGCCAACAAAAUGCUUAUGAGUCGCGCGAGCAGCCACACCUCCCCGUCGCUCGCGCACAGUCGCUCAGUGGCAUUUUACAUUUGCCAGCUACCGGUGAGUUUUAUAACAGCCUAAAUUAACGGUAAGGGGUGGGACUCGGUUUUGUAGAGGAUUAGCGGAAGACAGAGACCCGUGUGGCUCGCCCACCAGCUCUCUAAACUCGUGAGAAGUAGCAGAUGGUGGCGGUUGUCGUUGUGAAAUGGAGUUGUCGGAGCACAUCAAGACCGCUAAUGUUGAAGAUGUUACCCUGAGAAGACCUUUCCAUCCAGCACUCAGAGGAACCCUGUGCGUUACCAGCCAUCACCUUCUGUUCUCAAACAGAAAGGAUGAAGCUUCCUGGCAACUUCUCAUUCUCCUCAAGAACAUCGAUGCCAUUGAGAAAAGUGUCGAGAAUCUUUUCGGAUACCCCAGGGCUGUGGGAUCCUCUGGUACUAUCACCAUUAAAUGUAAGGACCUGCUGGUUCUUCAGUUGGAAAUUCCUGGAAUGGAGGAAUGUCUGAACAUUGCCAGUUCUAUAGAGGCUCUUUCGUCUCUGGAAAGUGUGACAGAGAUGUAUCCCUUCUUCUACAGACCGUCACACCUUACUCUGCUCGGCCCAUGGGGCCUGUCCACGACAGAGCAAUAUUACAAACAAACAGAAAGGCUGUGGGACAGGUGGAGAGUCAGUAAAGUAAACUCAGAUUACUCUGUAUGCCCAUCGUAUCCAUCUGCGGUCAUUGUGCCUCGUGAGGUGGAUGAUGACAAGCUGAUCCGCUCAGCCAGGUUCAGACAAGGCGGCAGAUUCCCUGUGCUCUCCUAUUGUCACCAUAGCAAUGGAAUGGUGAUUAUGCGGAGCAGCCAGCCUUUGACAGGAGCCAAUAAGAAGAGAUGUAAGGAGGAUGAGCUCCUUCUCCAGGCUGUGAUUGAUGGGUCAGAGUUGGGUUACAUUAUCGAUCUGCGUUCUGCCCAGCAAGCCCAGCAGGCCCGGAUGACAGGGGGAGGUUUUGAGUCUAAAUCCUGUUAUAGACACUGGAAAAGAAUCCAUAGACACCAUGAAAGGGGUAAGGUUGUGCAGGAGAGUCUUAUUAAGCUGGUGGAGGCGUGCAGUGACCUCUCGCAUAGUGUGGACCGCUGGCUCAGUAAAUUAGAGAACUCCAAAUGGCUUUCUCAUGUUCACAGUGCACUGUCCACUGCAGGCCUGGUGGUAGAGUGUGUGGAGAGGGAUGGUCACUCUGUGCUUGUGCAUGGCUCUGAAGGGACAGACAACACGCUCCUGGUGAGCUCAUUGGCUCAGAUUAUCCUAGACCCUGCCUCUAGAACUGUCACUGGCUUCCUCUGUCUGCUAGAGAGGGAAUGGAUACAGGCUGGACACCCAUUCCAGCAGCGAUGUGCUCAUUCGGCAUACUCUCAUGCCCGUCUGAAGCAGGAGUGCCCAUCCUUCCUGCUGCUGCUUGACUGUGUGUGGCAGGUGUGGCGUCAGUUUCCUUUGGCACUGGAGUUUAGCGAGGCACUGCUGCUCCGACUGGCACAAGAAGUUUAUGCUUCUAACUAUGGAACCUUCCUGUGUAACAGCGAGCAGGAGAGAUGUGCCGCAAGAGUGAAGGAGAACACACACUGUUUGUUUCAGUCCAUGUUGAAGCCUGAUAUUGAAGAGCAGUACCUCAACCCACUGUAUGAACCCACUGAUUUGGCCAUUUGGCCCUCAGUACAUCCUCAGUCCUUACAGCUAUGGACAGGGAUGUUCCUCAGGUGGACUGAGUAUGCUCAGAACAUGGAGGAAGCUCGAGAAGAGGUGUGGAGCAUUGUGAAAGAGCACCGUGAGCGAGUUUGAACCUGACCGGCCCAAUAACACACUUGCUACACACUGUGACACCUUGACCCCGUUUGCGAACCUCAUGGAUGAGCUGACUAUCCUGUGACCUCAUGGUUGAAAAGAUGUUGUAGAGCCUGUUUCUACUAUGUGUUUCUUUACAAGAACUUAGUAAAUCAGAUAUACCGCCAUUUAAAGAGCUUUUAGAUUUAAUGUCAUUACGAUAGCUAUCAUUGAAUAAUAAUCGGACAAAAUGGGCAUUACGGCACUUCAAGCAAAAUGCUAAACAGUAAACGGUCCUAAAUAAGGGAAAAUGUGGGUUUGUUGUGUAGUGUUUGAGUAGUUUGUUGUUGACAAAUUGACUGUGGUUACAUGAGGCAGCAUCAGUCUUGAUGUUUUACUGAAAACAUUUUUUCACACUGUUACAGACAGCUGAAUGUUAAAUGAUAAAUGGAGUGAAUGUGAGAAGUUUGAGGACCUACCAGAAGGUGGUUUUAAACAUGCUUGAGAAGUUACAAACAGCAUUUGCAAUUGAAACAUGGUUUAUAAUUAAUUAUUGCAGCUCUCUGGAAUACUUGAUUCUGAUUGGUUAUGGUUAAUUGCCAGAUUUAGCGUUAAAGAGAUAGUUCUCCCAUAAAGGGAAAUUCUGGCAUGACAGAAUUUUUUUUUUUUUUUUAGGGGGUGAACUAAUAUUUUUUUUUUACUAAUAUCUUUGUUAAGUAGCCUAUAUGCUGGAUCAUGUACAGUGGUCACACUUAGGAAAUAAACCCCUGUAUUUUGUGUA